AUGAUUGAUGCCCUUAUCAUAAAGGCUAUAACACUGCCUUCUCCUCUCGCCUCUCCCUCCACCCAGGACCACAGCAGACUACUCCAAAGACGCCUCGAAGAACCACAGCCCUCUUUUCGCCUCUAUUUAAGUAAAUCCCUGCAGUUAUCCAUGGCAAGGUUUCAAGAAGUUAUAUUGAAACUUGCAGAAACUCAUCCAAAUGCACCCUUAACGGCUGCCAGCAAGAGCAUUCUUGAAGGCCGCUUGAACCAGUUGCUAUCCCAGUCGCAUACACCAGAUCACCCUCCUUAUGCUGCGAUGAUAGGACGGGCACUUCUGGAGUUGAAUGAGAAAUUGGGUUCUAGCGAGGACUCCAUAUUAAAGUUUAUCAAAAAAGAAUAUAAUAAUUUGCCAUGGGCGCAUUCGACAUUACUAAAACAUCAUCUUGGAAAACUUUGUGAAUCUGGGGAUAUUGUGACUCGUGGCCAGAGAUAUAUGCUACCUGGGGCAAUUCCAAGUCUGAAUUCAAGCACAGGACAUAAGAGGAAGAAAAGAAAGAAGAAAUGGAGACUAAACUGGGACUGGCUGAGGGAACGAUACAAGCCGCGUAAGAAACGCGAGUCUAAGCAAAAAAAUCAGCAAAAAGGAGAUCAAUAUGAAAUGUCUGAAGACCACAAGGAAUCUGAAGGCCUAGAAAAUCAUGCAAGUGAAAAUGCAAUAUAUCAUGAAGAGAAGCCAAAAUAUAACAUUAGAAAAAGUAAUGAUGGUUUUGAUCCUAGCCUUUUGUCCACUGAGCUUCCCAGUAGGAUGGAUUUCGAUGAACGCAAGUAUUUGGAGGGGAAUCCGCAGCAACAAGAAGACAAAGCUGAAGAUAACUGCCCCAAACUUUCAAGUCAGAAGCCUCCUGGUUUCAAGUUAGCGAGUAUUGAGCCUCUCGGUAGGAUGGAAGUUGAUGGACACAACUAUUUGAAGGUGGCAAAACAGCAGCAGCGAGAAGGGGAUGUAGCAGAACACAACUGCCCCGAACUUUCAAGUCGGACGCCACCUGGUUUCAAGUCAAUAAGAGUUGAGCCUACCAGUAGGAUGGAAUUUGAUGAAAACAAAUAUAUAGAGGCAACAAAACCACAGCAGCAAGAAGGGUACAAAGCCGAUGAUGACUGCCCCGAACUUUCAAGUCAGAGGCUUUUUGACAAGUCAAUAAGAAUCGAGAACUCAUUGCAUUUCGGGAUCUGCUCCAAGGAUGAAUUUAGUGCCCAAGAAUGCCUCAUUGUAACGAAAAAGUUGCACUUAUUAGCCCUUAGAAAGCUUGAUUCUGCUGAAGUGACAUUGAAACUGACUAAUAAGGAGCAGCUGAUGGAGCAUCCAGCUACUCAGGAGCCAGUGAUACUUGGGCCACUAAAAGACAAGUCAGUUGGGCCUAGAGGGCUAGAACUCGUGAGUACCAAAGAGUUUUGUCAAUCAUUGCGUAACCGAAGGCUGCCUGAACCUAAAGCAGCAGCAACAACUACGCGUGAUAUGGAAUUGUUGGCUUUCUCCGACUCGGAGGAUCAGCAUUCGCCAGAGCUUAAGCUUUCAAACCUGGAAAGUCUUCGGGAUCAACACAAGACACCCAAGAAGUCGACUGUAGUCAGAGAUCAGCGAGCAAAGCUCCGUAGUAAUAGAAAGCAGCAUGAACGUGAACAAGUAAAUCUUUCAAAAUCAGAUGGAAAGGUAGGAGUCGUCAUUUGUUAA